AUGCCUGAAGAGAAUGAGCAAGUUAAAACAGCUCCUGCUGCAGUACAAAAUUUACAUGUUUUUCCUAUGAAUAUACCAUUUCCUAAGCCCUUAGAUUUGAAAGAUGACCUCGCUACCAAUUGGAAACAUUUCAAAAGAGUGUGGGAAAACUAUGAGAUCGCUACGGGGUUAAGGGAGAGAGAUACCCAACUCAGAUGUGCAACAUUUCUCACUUGUCUAGGAUCUGAUGGUUUACACGUUGUAGAUGGACUAAAAGUUGAUACAGAUGACGAUAAGAAAGAUAUUGAUAAGGUUAUUACAGCACUUGACACUUACUGCGUAGGCCAAACAAACGUCAUAUAUGAGCGUUACACAUUUAACUGUAGAAAUCAGGAACAGUCUGAACAUAUAGAUGCUUAUGUUGCAGAAUUGCGUACACUAGCGAAAAUAUGCAAAUUUGGAGACAUGGAGGAUGAGAUGAUAAGGGAUCGGAAUGUUCACCAUGUCAAGGUCAAACAGAAAGUGAAACAAGACAAUCAUGGUAAAAAUGAGAAACGUAGAGACAACCGCACACAAACCAUACCAACUGUUCAGUCUUGUCGUUACUGUGGGAGAACACAUCCGCGCAGUCGAGAGAAAUGCCCAGCGUUUGGACAGACUUGCAACUUAUGUGGCGAGCAGAACCAUUUUGAGAGGAAAUGUCCUAAUAAAGAGCCUCCCAUAGCAAAACAUCAUGAAAAACGUCGUGGUACAUGGAACCGCAGAAAGUCCCAAGUUCAUGAGAUUGAGACUCGUGAAAGUGACUCAUCAGAUGAACUCGUUCUUAGUAUUGAACAAGUGCACUCGCUAUCAUCAAAACGUCAUACGGCUGUUAUGAAUAUCCAUGAUAAAUAUGUUGAGUUUCAGUUGGACAAUGGGUCUACAGCUAAUAUCUUGUCAGCUCAUGUGUAUGUACGUCUCACAGGUGACAAAGAACUCCAGAAUCUUAAGAAAAGUGAUGUUACCCUACAGAUGUACAACAAAUCGGAAACCAAGGCUUUGGGCACCAUUAGAAUGUCUGUUCGAAAUCCGUGUAAUGGAAAGAAGUAUAAUCUAGAAUUCGUUAUUGUGCCAGGCAAAGAGCUACAUUGUAUUUUGGGUAAGCGAGCUAUUGAAGGAAUAGAACUUAUUACUGUGCAUACUGACAAAUUCCUCACAAAGACACAAGUUCAGAAUGACGUCAUUUCACAGAUUGACAUUAAAGAAGAAAUAAAUGAGAAGUAUGCAAAUGUGUUCAAGGAUCUAGGUAAACUGGAUGGCAAGCUUCAUUUGGAGGUCAAGGACAGUGUGCGACCUGUACAGUUACCGCCUAGGAAAAUACCGUUAGCCUUGAAACCAAAAGUGAAAGAAGAGCUAAACCGACUGGAGAAGUUAGGUGUCAUUAAACCAGUUAACACACCAACCGACUGGGUAUCUGCCUUAGUGGUGGCACCUAAACGCAACGGUGACAUUCGCCUAUGUAUUGACCCGAAACCACUCAAUGAGGCAUUAAUGCGGAACCAUUACCCAACACCUACUAUAGAGGAUAUUCGACCAGAAUUGCAUUAA